AUGGCAGCCUCCAGUGCAUCGCAGUCCCCUGUUCCUCGGCUCCAUCAUUUUGAGCUCGUUGAACGCAUGAAGCUUCAGAUUAAUGUCUCUGGGUCUUCUAAAGGACGCAAUGUUAGGCUUGAAUUUCAGCUCAGCAACUGUGCCAACAGUUGGAUUCUUCACUGGGGCUGUCUUUUCCGUGGAAAUAUGAACUGGUUCAUUCCCAAUGAUCGUUCUUCGGGUUCACAAGCUUACAAGCAAGGCUCAUUGCAGACACCAUUCACCAAGAAAGGAGAAUUGUAUUUGUUAACCAUUGAGUUGCGGGACCCCAACCUACAUGCUAUUGAAUUUGUUCUUAAAGAUGGUAGUCGUGAGAGAUGGUUGAAACUGAAUCAUGGGAACUUCCGGAUAGAAAUUCCUGAGACUGAUCCAACUACUUUAAUGCCCCCUAUACCAAAAGAGCUGAUUGAACGGAAUGCAUGUUUAGCUUGGGAAAGCAAGGGCAGGCCCGUGAGCUCGCCACAACAAGAAAAGCAAGAUUAUGAAGAUGCUUUAAGAGAUCUACAAAGUCAGAUGUCGAAAGGAAUAUCCUUGAAUGAGUUGCAGUGUAGUUUUUCAAACCCUAGUUCCAAAAGAAUGGUUGAUAAUAGAGAGCAACUGAGGAGUGGAAUGUCAUACUCUUACAAAAGGAAGCAUAAUGUUGAGCAGUGGUUGCAAAAGCAUUCCACAGGAUCUGCCAAAAACGCUAGUAUGCCAAAUUCAGCUCUGAUGGAUCUUGUAGACAAAUCUAUGGGAGGAGACGAUGUGGUUUCACGGAUAAGUUAUCAUGUUGGAAACUAUGAGAUAGUGGUCCUUUCAAAAAUGGUUAGGGGUGACUAUCACAUCUUCAUUGCUAUGAAUAUGAGAGGUGCUAUAGUGCUUCACUGGGGUGUUUCAAAAUUGUCCCCUGGGGAAUGGUUGGCUCCACCACCAGAGAUAUUGCCUAAAAAAUCAAAUUUGGUUCCUGGAGCAUGUCAAACUUAUUUUACUGAUAUAUCAACUGGAAAGGGGUCCUUUCAGGUUGUAGAUAUUAAUCUGCAGCAAAGCAAUUUGCUUGGUAUCCAAUUUGUGAUAUGGUCUGGUGGGUCUUCCUGGAUAAAAAAUAACGGAACAAACUUCUUCGUUGGCGUGACACCAGUGAUUUCUAGUGGAAAGGCCAGCGGAGAUGGUGUCGGAAUUUUCAAAUGGUUACUUGAUGAAAUAUCUCGAAGAGAAAAGGAGGCUGAGAGGUCAUUGAUGCACAGAUUCAACAUUGCAACGGAACUCACAGAACGGUGCAAAAAUGAAGGGGAGUUUGGGCUUGUUGGUAUAUUGGUAUGGUUGAGGUUCAUGUCAUGCAGGCAUCUCACAUGGAACAAGAAUUACAAUGUGAAACCUCGUGAAAUUAGUGAAGCUCAGGAUAGGUUUACCAAUCUACUACAAAGAAUAUAUUUAAACCAGCCAAAUGAUCGGGAAAUUGUGAGACUACUAAUGACACAUGUUGGUCGUGGAGGUCAGGGAGAUGUUGGACAGAGAAUUCGCGAUGAAAUACUUGUCAUUCAGAGAAAUAAUGAUUGCAAGGGUGGCAUGAUGGAGGAAUGGCACCAAAAGUUGCACAAUAAUAGUAGCCCAGAUGAUGUGAUAAUUUGCGAGGCACUCUUAAAUUACAUAAAGUCUGGUUUUAGAGUUGAUGUUUAUUGGAAAGCAUUAAAUACAAAUGGUCUCACAAAAGAGAAGCUUGCAAGUUAUGACCGACCAAUUGUGUCCGAGCCUCAUUUCAGGGCUGAUACUAAGGAGGGACUCAUCCAUGAUCUCACAGCAUACUUGAAGACAUUAAAGGCUGUUCAUUUAGGUGCUGACCUCGAAUCAGCUAUUGAAGUUUUGGUUCCCUCAAAUAAGGCUCAUGAUUUCACAAGCACUGGAUUUAGUUAUGUUUGUGAUUUGUCACCUAAGUUGCAGGAGUGCCUGAAAUUUGUCAAAGUACAUCUUGGUGAUGAAGAUAUUGUUCGACUGAUGGAGAAGUUACUGGAAUCUCGUAUUGAGCUUCGUCCUGUUCUGAUUGCCAACCACAGAAGACUAAAAGAUAUACUCUUCCUUGAUCUUGCUUUGGAUUCAUCUGUCAGAACAACUAUGGAAAGGGGACUAAAAAAUCUGAAUUUUGGACACUUACCAGAGAUUAUGUUCUUCAUUUCAUUGGUGCUUGAAAAUGUAUGCUUGUCGACAGUUAACAAUGAAGACCUCAUUUACUGCACCAAGGACUGGUACCAUAUCUGUGAAUUAUACAAACCCGACGAUGGUCAGUGGGCAUUACAAACAAAGGCUAUUCUUGAUCGAUUACAAUUAGUACUUGCUGAUAGGUCUCAGUGUUACCAGAAUAAGAUCCAGCCUAGUGCGAAAUAUCUUGGAAAUCUGCUUGGUGUUCAGAAAUCGGCGAUUGAUACUUUCUCUGAGGAGUUAAUUAGGGCUGGAUCAGCAGCUAUUCUGUCUGCUCUCAUUAAUCGUUUUUACCCCAUUCUGAGAAAAGUGGCAAACUUAGGCUGUUGGCAGGUUAUCAGCCCAGUUGAUGUGUGUGGCGUUGUACUUUGCGUUAAUGAGCUCCGUAGUAUUCAGAACAAAGUCUAUAGAAAGCCAACCAUUUUAAUUGCAACUAGAGUAACGGGAGAAGAGGAGAUUCCAGAUGGAGUUGUUGCCGUUCUGACACCUGAUAUACCAGAUGUUCUAUCACAUGUCUCUAUAAGAGCAAGAAAUGAAAAGGUAUGCUUUGCGACAUGCUUUGAUCCUAAUAUUCUCAGAGAUCUGAAGUCGAAGGAAGGUAAAUCAAUAUCAAUACUAGUGAAGUCGGCAAAUAUUAUUAUCAGAGACAUCAGUAGCUCCAAUUUUUCUUUCAAAUCCUUUGGUACUCAGUCCAAACAUCAAGGAUUAACGUUAAGAAAAAAGGCUUUCUGCGGUAAAUAUGCCAUUUCAGUUGAGGAGUUCACUAGUGAGGUGGUUGGCGCAAAAUCAUGCAAUUUAAAUUUUUUGAGAGGAAAGGUGCCAACAUGGAUUAAAAUUCCAAUGUCAGUAGCCAUACCAUUUGGAGCCUUUGAGAAAGUCCUAUCAGAAGAUUUUAAUAAGGAUAUAGCAUAUAAGAUUUCUUCAUUUUACAAAUGCGUAAAGGGUGGGGACCUCUCAAAACUACAAUCAAUACAAGAAACCAUUCUACGAAUGAAUGCUCCUAUUUCUUUGACCCAUGAGCUUAAGAGCAAAAUGAGAAGUUCAGGGAUACCUUGGCCUGGUGAUGAAGGUGAUGAGAGGUGGAAUCAUGCUUGGCAAGCAAUAAAGAAGGUUUGGGCUUCAAAGUGGAAUGAAAGAGCCUUUAUUAGUUGCAGGAAAGCUAACUUAGAUCAUGAAAAUAUAUGCAUGGCUGUAUUGGUUCAAGAAAUUAUCUGUGCUGAUUAUGCUUUUGUAAUUCACACAAAGAAUCCCUUAUCAGGGGAUACCUCAGAGAUCUAUACAGAGAUAGUUAAGGGCUUGGGUGAGACUUUGGUGGGUGCAUAUCCUGGACGUGCCAUGAGCUUCAUUACCAAAAAAUCUAAUCUAAGUUCUCCAAUUGUUAUUGGUUAUCCAAGCAAGCCAAUAGGAUUAUACAGUAAGAAGUCUAUCAUAUUCAGAUCAGACUCAAACGCUGAGGACCUGGAAGGAUAUGCUGGUGCUGGGCUUUAUGACAGUGUAAUCAUGGACAAAGAGGAGAAAAUUGUGUUGGAUUACUCCAGAGACCGGAUGAUUAUUGAUAGAGCCUUCCAAAUCUCGCUCUUCUCAAGAAUUGCAGAGGUGGGAAAGAUAGUAGAAGGACUUUAUGGCCGUCCUCAGGACAUUGAAGGUGUGGUAAAAGAUGGAGUGAUCUAUGUGGUUCAGUCAAGGCCACAAAUCUAG